UCUCAGUCAACCCUGUCUCUAUGGUGGGACCUGUCAUGACCUGGUAAAUGGUCAUCAGUGUCUGUGUCUGCAGGGAUAUACUGGAGAGAUGUGUCAGACCAACAUCAAUGAGUGUGACAGUCACCCAUGCACUAACAACGGCAGCUGUGUAGACCAGGUCAAUGGCUUCCUUUGUCUCUGCGUAAAUGGCUUCACAGGGAACACGUGUGCAGUCAAUAUAGAUGAGUGUGUGUCAAGUCCUUGUGAACACGGAGGCACAUGUGCAGAUGAUAUUGCGGGGUACCACUGCACAUGCACGCAUGGCUACACAGGACCAACAUGCAGAGUUGAUGUUGACGAGUGUGUGUCUUCGCCGUGUGAAAAUGGCGGAAGCUGUGUUGAUGGAAUUGGGGAGUUCUGGUGUAACUGUACUGCAGGAUUUUCUGGAAGAUAUUGUGAGCAGAAUGUGAAUGAGUGUGCCAGCUCUCCGUGUGAUAACGGGGCUACAUGUGUGGACUUGGUGAAUGGGUACAACUGCAGCUGUAGGGAGGGGUUUACGGGUGUCCGCUGUGAGAUCAAUAUUGAUGACUGCAGUCCAUCUCAAUGUCAGAAUAAUGGGACAUGUCAAGAUGGCGUAGCAGACUUCCAGUGUAUCUGCCCACUUGGAUACCAUGGCAAGACAUGUGCAAACAACACCAACGACUGCGUGCCUUGGCCAUGCAUCAACAACGCUACCUGCUACGACCUGGUCCAGGAUUACCAGUGUGUGUGUGUGGAAGGUUUCACUGGUAAAGACUGUGAAGAGAAUAUCAAUGAGUGUGAAAGCAAUCCUUGUCAGUCUGCAGGGACUUGUCUUGAUGGUGUGGCAGGGUACCGCUGUGUUUGUGUUGAUGGCUACACUGGACCACACUGUGAAGUUAACAUCAAUGAAUGUUCCUCCAGUCCCUGCUACCACAAUGGAACUUGUCAUGACCUGGUGAACGGCUUCCACUGCGCCUGUGCCCCAGGGUAUGCUGGGAAGACCUGUAGUGUUGAUAUAGACGAGUGCGUUUCUUCUCCCUGUCAACAUGACAGCAGUUGUGUGGAUAUUGUGGAUGGAUACAGAUGCCUGUGUUCUGCUGGGUUCACAGGAACAAACUGUGAACAAAACAUUGAUGAUUGUGAAAACCUGCCAUGCCAUAAUAACGGCACAUGUAUAGACCUGGUUGAUGAUUUCAACUGUUCAUGUGCUGCUGGCUACACUGGGGACAACUGUGAAGUAGACAUCGAUGAGUGUGAGGAGAAUCCAUGUGUAGAGGGCAGCACUUGCAUGGACGCUGUGGCUGGUUACUCUUGUGUCUGCCUGCCAGGUUACAUUGGCCAAAACUGCAGUCUGAACAUAGACGAGUGCCAGAGUGCCCCAUGUCACGGCAACUCCACCUGUGAGGACGCAGUGAAUGGGUACACCUGUCAUUGUACCCUGGGGAUGACUGGGCCACUCUGUGAGGUGGAUAUUGAUGACUGUCAGGGAGAACCGUGUGGUAAUCAGGGUACCUGUGUGGACAUGUUGAAUGGGUUCAGAUGUGAAUGUACAGCAGGGUAUGGCGGAGACGAUUGUCAGACAAAUCUAGAUGACUGUGGAGAGAAUCCUUGUGCUGAGAACAGCACAUGUCUGGACAGAAUCAACGACUACAUGUGCAUGUGUGCACCAGGGUUCACAGGGAAGAACUGUCAAGUCAACAUUGAUGAGUGUGCGUCUGAUCCUUGUAUGUAUGGCGGGCAUUGUGUGGAUGGCGUCAAUGGAUAUAUGUGUCUCUGCAGUACUGGAUACACUGGUGUUGGAUGUGAAGAGAUAAUAGACUACUGUAUUUCCCAGCCAUGUCGGAACAAUGCUAGUUGUAUUCCUUUGAUAUCUGCAUUCAGGUGUCAGUGUCUAUCAGGCUACACGGGGGACUACUGUGAGGAAAAUAUCAACUUCUGUGCACAGAAUGAAUGUGGCAUCAACAACACCUGCAUAGAUGGCGCUGGUGGUUAUCAGUGUAUUUGUGUUGAAGGAAGGACAGGGCGUCACUGCCAGGAAAGGGUCAACCAGUGCACCAGUAGUCCCUGUCUGAAUGAGGCUCAGUGUGUGGAAGAGGAGGAUGACUUCAGGUGUAUGUGCAGGCCAGGCUAUACAGGAGGCCAGUGUGAGGUGAACAUAGACGAUUGCCUCAGUUCUCCCUGUGUGAACAAUGCUACCUGUGUGGAUGGCCUCCAUAGGUACUCCUGUGUCUGUCCUCAGGGCUUCCUGGGCAUCCAUUGUGAAGAAGACCUGGAUGAGUGUCAGUCACAUCCUUGUCACCACAAUGGUUCUUGUGAAGAUGGUUUGAAUGGUUUCACCUGUCACUGCCCAGUUAACUAUACAGGGUGGACAUGUUUACAUGUAAUAGACCCGUGUUCUAGUUCUCCCUGUUAUAACGGGGCUGACUGUGUUCCAGCAGGACUGGAGUAUAGAUGUAGAUGUCUGCCAGGUUACACAGGCAGCAGAUGUGAGGUAGAUGUAGACGAGUGUCAGUCAAACCCCUGUUAUCAUGGAGGUACAUGUGUGGACCAGGUGAACAGCUUCUGGUGCAGGUGUGCUGACAACUUUACUGGGGACACCUGUAGGUCAGCUGUGGACCCUUGUUUGAAUGUGACAUAUGAUGAAGAUGGUAAUCCAAGGUUAGUUUCCAGUUCAAUAUGUGGUCUCCAUGGCAACUGUAUCUCUCCAGAUGGGCAAGUUGCCAAGUGUGAAUGCCAUCCUUCAUUUACAGGAGCCUUCUGUGAUAUAAAAAUAAUUGAUACACCUUGCUAUGAGAAUACGACCCUUCAUGAAGAUGGUACAGUAUGGCCACAGCAAUGUAACAAUUGUUCUUGUCACCAGGGGGAGAUAGAGUGUACAAUGUUGUGGUGUGGACGAGAAAAGUGUGCUUUAGCAGACGAUACUCAACAGAAUACAUUGCCACCAGAUGUCAGGCUAACUUGCCCCCCAGGACAAACUUGUAAUAAAAUGUUAGAUCUUGAAUGUCUCAGUCCCCCCUGCAGUACUCAGUAUGGGCUCUGUAGCUACCAGGGCUCCUCUUGGUGUAGCCCUCUAUUGGGCUCUGCUGGACCAGAAUGUACCAAGUUGAAAGUUAUACUGGACCAAAAAAAUAUACCAAAGGGAUUCACAGUUGAAGAAUUCUGCCAUGCUGUACGGAAGAUUCCAGCAAUAAGGAAGUUUUACCAGACGUCACCUUUGAUAAUCCAGUGUCAACAAGUGCAGACUGAGAAGAAAAUACAGUUAGGAAUAUCAGUGGAGAGUGAGAACGGGACUGGUCUUGGCUUGAUUGCUGCAGCAGAGCUGAGGGACAACAUGAAAGCUGAGGCAGGGAGAGAGGACAGCGACUUCACGGCUGUGGUAGAUGUGACAUUUGGAGACAUAGUGGUCAAGGAACAGAAACUGAGCAGUAAAGGAGACAGUUUGUUAUUGACAUUCAUCAUUGCAUCCAGUGUUGCUGCGUUUGGAUUACUCACUGUGAUAAUAGUGUAUUGUAGGAGAAAAUGUAACGCAAAAAAGUUGCAUUCCUCCGUGAAGGUAGGAGAUGGACAGGAGCCAUAUUUGGUCCUGUCACCCGAGAAUUCCACCAGCAAGACAACUGCUUUUAUAAACCCGGUGUAUGGCAGAAACAGUCAUGAAACGGAGUCUGCAACAUGUGAUAAAAAUUUGACCUUGGAAGAGCGACAUGUGUCACAGUUUGUAACAUUUGGAAAAAGGCAAAACGAAAGCUUAUCAUAA